AAAAAUUUGAAAUUUUCAGAUGCAAACAAGCAAAUGAAGUUUCAACAACACAUCACUCACUAAAAUCACCUGUGAAGGAACCUAUCAGAAUUCUCCUUGAAAAAGGACUUGAAUGAGACAGUCAAGAGAGAACCAGGCGUAGCACCAACCCGCGGCCUAGGCUUCUCAUCUGCACCACAAGGACCCGACCAUGGCACGGACGACAAGGUCCAAGGCGGCGGCUGCCGCACCAGAGGCCGUUGCAACAGAAGCACCUACGGGCGUGACCACAUCAGCAGUCAGCCCAACGGCCACUGAGAAACAGACAGUGCCAGAAAAGCAAGAGUCAAAGGAUGAUUCAAGGACAAAGAGCAAACAGCGCCGGGCCAACAGGCGGGACCUGUACAAAAAGACAAGGAGGCAUCGGGGCGUCGUGGAACUGCAGAAGUCACUGGAGUCAGCAGGCAAGCCGAUGGGCAGAAAGGAGCGGUACGCUCUGCGGGUCCAGACGUACCGGCCUCACAGGCAAAAGGCCAAGGCUACGUCCAAGAAGGUUUCUGAGCUCGAGGAUCUCGUCAAGAGGCAGCAGGAGCAGAUCAAGGAGCUGAGGAAGCUGGCGAUGGGCACUACCCCAAGACUACAACCCCCGGCUAGCCCACCGACCGCGGGUACGGGCCUGGAUGAAGAGCCGGACUCGUCGCCUGCGAAGAUCAGAGACCAGCUCUUGACGGAUGCGUCACGGUCGCCCCUCGGCGAGGGCCAGACGGUCGUGGAGGUGGAGGAGGUCGUAAAGAGGCCUGCUGGAGAAAAUGCUUCUGGGGAGCCGAUGGAGGGCGUCCAGGAGACCACUGUGAUCACCAGUGUUGAGCAGGACGUGGAAUACCCUAUGCUGCCGUCCGUCGAGGAGCCCACACAGGCGGUUGAAGAGAACAGUGGCGAGGAUGUGAACACUGCCAGCGACAACAAGCCGGAGGACCAGCCAGAGGUGGCUGAUGGAACACCUGACACCGCGACGAAUGCAGCGCUGAAGCUGUCGGCCGACACGCCCAUCAAGCCGAAGGAGGAAGUCAGGGAUUCAAGCGCAGAGGACUCGCAUGCCGGCACGCCGCGCAACGUGAGACGGUCUCCCAGGAAAAAGACAAAGCGGAGGAGCUUUGCUGGUCACUCCUACGCGGGCUGAUGGUCCUGGGUGUCCGGAGAGACGGCGGAGCUUUAGAGCGCGGAGCAAUGGGGAGGCAAGACAUGGUUUCUGCACUGGCAGACUAGGCAUCUGGAACAGGCGACGGCGAUGGGCGGGAUUGGCGAUGAAGGCAUGACUCCGGCUUGGGUCUGGACAGGUACAGAAUAAUGAGAUUGCAUGGCAUGGUUUGAUAUUUGUAUACUCAGAGGCAUGGUGAGGCAGGCCAGGGUCAUUUCAUUCGUGAAUCAACCCGCAAUGUCUCAGUUCCUCGCCCCCAGCGCCGAAUCAGUGCGGUCAAGAACAGUGGCGAUGCGCACCACAGUUGAGACAGUAGUCACGCCCGGGGCUCAACACUGAAUGGGCCAAGAAUGUCACGGGAUGGCUCGAUCGGUGGGCGUCGCUGACGUGUUGUUGAUGGCAUCCGUCAGUCACUGUUACCACAGGCAUCGUGCACGAUAGCAACGACAGUGUGGGAGCGAAGCUGCGUGCAUGCAUGGGCAAUGCCUGCCGAUUUAGAGUUUGAGGCUCGGUGGAUCCUGUCUGUCCACAGGGUGGGGGUGGUUCUCAAGAGAGGCUCAUCCGUCCGGCAACAGUUGUCGGCGGCAUAGGCGGCCUGGCCGUCGCCUGUUCAUGCCUCCAGGCCGUGUCUCUGCCUGGGGCAACGGCUCAUGUGGCAGGGUUCAGUCUGCCUGGUGGCCCUUCUCACGGCAUGUCGUACAUCGGAUGAAGCGGUCCAAUGGCGA